AUGGAUGUUGAUGUCCAGUCUACCUCAGGUACCAAUAUUCUUGAUUCGGUGGUACCAACAAUGAAUGAAGAGGUAUUAUCAGCAGUACGUCGUGAAAGCCCAGAAGAUGCCUCUUCCUUUCAUAAUUGUAACUUUCGUGUUUUGUCGCAGUUCGUUGCCAUUACUGAUGUGAACUUUAAAGAACGAUCAUUUUCUGUUUUCACUGAGCUUUCUCUUGCACCGUUACAUCCUGAACUACGGCAAAUUUGCCUUAAUGUUGGGCCAGAUGUUAUAUUGCCAAAUGAAUUCCCAGAAGGUAUUACUGGCCGAGUUACUGUAAACGAUGAAGAUGUAGAAUAUAUCCGGAAGGAUCCUCUCAAAAUAUUGAGUCACAAAGCGGAACAAAGUUUGCACGAGCUUUCGCACGAUAUGUACGAUGAGCUAGAAGAUUGUGAGGGUGAACUUUUAAUUAAUGUUCCAGAAAGUUGUUAUGUACUUAUGGAUGAACAAAAGAUUAUCAAAAUUGGAAUUGAUGCCAAAGUUGUUAAUCCAAAGCAUGGUAUACAUUUUGUUUGUUCAUUUUCUGAUGAUGAUACUUUGGAGAGUGGUGCACACAUGUACACUUAUAGUACUCGUCACUGGCUACCUUGCAUGGAUACGCCUAAUCAGUUAUGUUUAUGGCGACUCGAAGCAACUGUUGACCUUAUGUUCACAGUAGUUGCUAGUGGUGAACUGUUUGAUACGGAGUAUACAGCUGAUUUACAGGAAAAAAUUUAUCAUUAUCAGCUUUUAGUACCAACAUCUGCAAUUAAUAUCGGUUUUGCGAUUGGUUGUUUUACACCAGUUGUGCAUCCCGAUAUGCCUGAAAUAACAAGUUUUGCACUCCCGUCAUUAUAUCCACUUAUAAAACAUACAACUGCAACAAUUGAUCGAGUAUUUGAAUAUUUUGAAGAGCUUCUCUCUUGUCGAUUUCCCUUUUCAUCCUAUAAACAAGUUUUUGUUUAUCAGAUUCCUGAUGAAGUUACGGCUUAUACUGGUUUAUCAAUACUCUCGCUUACCUUAUUGUAUCAUAAGAAAAUUUUGGAUGUUGUACAAAUGACGCGUCAAUAUCUUGCUUAUGCAGUAGCACAACAAUUCUUCGGAUGUUUUGUUACUUCAACAUGCUGGCUAGAUAUCUGGCUCGUUUCAUCGCUUGCAAGAUCUGUCACUGGCAUGUUUGUAGAGCGAUUCUUUGGCUUUUCUGAAAAUCUCUUCCAGAUCAGUAAAAUGCUGAAUUCUGUUUGCGAUUAUGAAACUCGUUGGGCAAAGAUUAUUUUGCGGCCUUCAAAUACAAAUUACAAGCAUUAUUUACAUUUCGAUCCAAGAAAUCCAUAUACAUGCUCUCCUCUCUAUGCAGAUGCUUUGUUCAAAAAAGGACAUCUUGUCAUGCGAAUGCUUAAUCAACGUUUGGGCAAAGAACCAUUUUUACAGGUAAUACAGAAAAUACUGAGCGUGGCAAUGCAGGCAAGCCAACUGCAGAAGGAACGAGUAAUACAAAAAAUACUGAGUGUGGCAAUGCAGGCAAGCCAACUGCAAAAGGAACCAGUUCAUUGGCAGCAUAUGACUGUUUCAACGGAAUCGUUUUUUCGUACCGUUUCCAGUGUUACAGGCCAAGAAUUCCCAACAUUUCUGGAGCAGUGGAUUCAUAACGGUGGUCAUGCAAAAUUUUGGGUGCAAUAUGCUUUUAAUCGUAAACGAAAUAUGAUUGAACUUGAAGUAAAGCAAGAAUCUUCUGCAAAUCGUGGAAGGCAAAGAUCUCCUGAAUUUCUAAGGAAAUUGUGGCAUUGA